GCCCUCGUAUGGAAUUAUUAUUAAUUAAAAUUCAGGCUGGUUUAUGUGAUGGAGAAGUAUUGUAUCAUGAAUUUAUUCAUAAAACACCUGAAGAAAUCAAAAAGAUAAAACGUGAACGUGAACAACGAAAACAGCUAUCUGCAAUGAGAAGAAAGGAACAGGAGAAGAAUGUUGAAAGAAAAAAGGCUGAAAAGGAGGCUCACCGUCUUGCUACAAGUGGCGGAAAGAAAGGUUUGACUUUAUAA